AUGGUAGUAAAAAAGGGUUACUUGCUUCCCUAUGCAAUUCAUCGCUUGGACAUUGCUGGUCGUGAUCUCACGGAUUACAUGAUGAACAUCCUCAUGGAACGUAACUACAGCUUUCGUACCGCAGAAAUUAUUGGGAUGGAGGCUUCUGGUAUCCACACGGAGAUAUAUCAAACAAUCAAGAAUUGCCCUAUAGAUAUCAGAAAGGUGAUCGCUAUCGGUGAUGAACGCUUCCGCUGCGCCGAAGUAAUGUUUCAGCCAGAAAUUAUUGGGAUGGAGGCUCCUGGUAUCCACACGGAGAUAUAUCAAACAAUCAAGAAUUGCCCUAUAGAUGUCAGAAAGGACCUUUACGCAAACAUCGUGCUCUCCGGCGGUAACACAUUAUUUCCUGGAAUCGCCAACAGACUGGAAAGGGAAUUGCAACGUUUAGUACCCGAAACAACGAAGAUCAGGAUUAUCGCUCAACCAGAGAGGAAGUACUCCGUCUGGAUUGGGGCUUCUAUUAUCUCUUCCAUGCAAGCAUUUCAAAAGCUUUGGAUCUCAAAACAGGACUACAAUGAAUACGGACCCCAUAUCGUGCAUCGAAAAUGUUACUGA